AAGAAAAUAUUGGUAUGUUUUCGAUGAUGUGACUGCAAGCUGUCUGUGUUUUUUUUUGUUGGAAAGAAAAACCUUAUAAUACAUUUAGCGAUAGCGUCGUGAUGGCCAGUGAGCACAGCAGAGAGCCAGCUGGGCUGGAUGGACUACCAGAGCUGUACAGUAUUCUACGAGGAGAGGUGGCUUCUGUUACAGCAUAUGGUGCUUUUGUUAAGAUUCCAGGAUACAGAAAACAAGGUCUAGUACAUAAGAAUGACAUGUCUGCCUGCCGGGUUGAUAAUCCUGCUGAAAUUGUCGAUGUUGGUGAGCAAGUGUGGAUUAAAGUCAUAGGCCGAGAGAUUACUGAUGAUAAAAUCAAGCUUGCUUUUUCCAUGAAAGCUGUUAAUCAAGGCACAGGGCGUGAUCUGGAUCCCAACAAUCUGAUGGCUGAGCAGGAUGCACGCAGGCGAAGGCAAUUCCGGGAUCAUACGAGUCAGAAAAUCACUCUAGAAGCUGUGCUCAAUACUACUUGUAAGAAGUGUGGAUGCACAGGUCACUUUGCAAAGGACUGUUUCUCACAGCCAGGGGAGAAACAAUAUUGUCUGGUGCCAGAAGAGGAGGAGGAGCCAGCCAACCAGACUGUCCAAUCAGAGCCACUGAAAAGAAAGAAGGAAAAGAAAACCAAGAAAGAGAAGAAAAAGAAAGGGAGAAAGCGAGAGAGCUUAUCUUCAGACAGCAGUGAUCACGCCAAAAGAGCAAGACAUUCCCAUACACAUUCAGAAAAGAAGAAAAAGCACAAGAAACAUAAGCACAAGACACACAAAUGAGCUCUGGAUAUCAAGUCACAGAGAGUUCACAUGUCCAUAUGUGUACAUAUACACAGGCACACAAUGGACUUUCAGUCUCAUACAAGUACAGGCCUGCACUGAUCUUAGACCAGUCAGCUUUCCUGCUCAUUUCUGAAGGUCAUUCAUUCUAUACAAUGUUAUGAAUUGCUUUAUUUAUUUGAAAAUAAAAUGUUUGAAAAAUAA